AUGGCGGCGACGCAGCAGGACACUCCGAAACCACAACAGACCAUCGGCGUCAAACGAUCUGCUGGUAAACGCGCCAGCUUAAGCACGCCAGCGGCAAAGAGAUCCAGACAAUCAGCGCCGAAUGUUACAAUCGAGUCACCUGCCGAGGCGAGCCCAGCAACCUCGACCCCCGCCGCAGCAUCGCCAGCACCUACCUCGAAGCUGCCACGAUUACCGACCAAGAUCCACGAGUACCGGCAACUUCCUACGCAGGCCGAGCGCCAGGACGCACGAUCGCUGGGAUCGGACUACCAAAGCAUUGAAGACAGUGCAGUCCUGUCGGAGGCAUUGCAUCGCUCAAAAUUGCGCUGGAUCAACGAAGGUAUUCUCGACCGAUAUUGGGUGAAGCCGGAGACCGGCAAGCACGCCAAACCACCUCCACCGAACAAUCCUGAGAUCAAAUGGAUGAAAUCAAAGGGUCCUUGUAGGAUAAGAGUCGAGCCACACGUUUUUGAAGUGGACGUAUACAUCGAAGAGAAGGUGAAACCACAACCUCCGCCCAAGCAGUAUGCUACUCCGGCUGCAAGUCAAAGUCCAUAUGGACAGCCAUAUCGCACGCAGCCGUCGAAUCAACAACAUGUUCCACAGCGUCAAAUGCAGCAUGCUACGCCGCCGUUGAGUCGAGCGGGUACACCUGGUGCAAGUCACACGAAUAGACCUACCCCUCCGGGUCAGCAACCAUCUGCUCCUCCAGUGGAAAUGAAACCAUCUCAGGACCCAGUGAUCACGAUGCUCGCGGCGCGCGCUUCGUCUGAUGCGGAAUUGAAAGGCUUGAUGAAAGAGGUCGCAACGGGCAACGCAACACCGGAACAAUUAAAGAUUUUCCAAAGACAUAUUGAUGAGUUGACAGCCAUCAUUCAGAAGCAGAGGAGGGAUGAGGACGCUCGGCAGAAGGCGAUCUACCGACCGCACGCCAAUGGAGGACCUCAAUCAAAGCCCGCAACUCCCCAACCCAAAUCUCAGCCUGCAACGCCUUACAACUAUCAGACUCCACAACAACCACGCCCACCUCCCCAAAAGCCUUGGGUCCCACCGCCACCUGCCUCUCUCCCUGUCAUAAUCGCGUUCACCACGACCGGCGCCACUGAAGACCGAUUCCUCUUUCCUCAACACAGCGUCCUCGAAGCUCUGACUCCCCAACACAUGCUCGCAAGCUUCAUCGUGACCAAGAAGAGCCGACCACUCAGCAACUCUGCUGACGAUAGCACGUCCGAGGAGUCUCCGUCCGAGAUCGAAUACUGGCAGCCCCUCACAAUCAUGGUCGAAGUGGCCUACGGCCGCGAGGAAAUCCUCAACUGCAUCCGCCGCUGGGUGAAACCCGUCGAGGAGGUCUGCAAGCACAUGGAAGCCACCAUGGCGCGGUGUACUCGUGCUCCCACGGAACACCUCGCCCUGCGAUUGCCCUUCCGCAGCAACCCGGUCGCUCUGUCGGUCGAGGAGGAGGACGCUUUGAAUGCGGCGGCGAUCAAGAAUGCGGCCCCGCGCGCCGAUGAGAAGGUCAAGAAGGAACGCCGUGUCUCUACGAAGCCGGCGAAGAAGAAAGAUCCGGCGGCCGCCGCUGCCGCAACGGCUGGCGCUACGGCUAUUGGAGCAUCGGCGACACCCACAGCUACAUCUGCCACCGACGGCGUUGAGGUCAAGCCUACUCCUACCACCGCCGCCGUUGCCCCCGCUGAACCAGCCGCUACUGUCGUCGCCGAGGCCGCGCCAAAUGAUAAGACCCCUGCCCCAAACCCCACGAUUGCCACUCCCGCUUCAGCUGCGCCUACCACCGUUCCGGCCGCUGCAUCGGAAACAGCAGCACCGCCGCCGCCGCCAUCAGAAAAGAGCGCAGAGACGAUGCAGGAGCCGAUCAGCACCACAGCACCUGCGAAAGUCGCGCCAGCCGCCGUCGAGAACCCGACGCCGAAACCAGAGGAUGUAACGAUGACGAAAUCUUGA